GUUUUCCCGCAGCGGAGCAGAAGAGACUGGGGAGUAAGCUGCGGGCUAGAGCGGCCCCGCCGCCGUUCUAUCCGGCCCGCCCGUAGUCUCGCUGCUCCUCCCGGAGGACUGACGGCAGGCAGGGAGCCGGGGGAGGGGGAGAGAAAAUGGCGGAGGCCUCGGCAGCGGCGGCGGCCGCCGUGUCCCAGCAUCGCUUCUUCUGCCACAGCUGCAAGGGGGAGGUCAACCCCAAGCUGCCGGAGUACACUUGCCCCAGAUGUGAAUCAGGCUUCAUUGAAGAAGUGACAGAAGAUUCCAGUUUCCUAGAUGGUAGUGGCAGUGGGAUAGACGACAGUCCGUCCACGCAGUUUCAAGAGAAGCCGCAGGCCCGUGUGUCUUAUGCAGAUGACCUCUCUGAUCUGAACGUCUCAGCUUACCCAUCCCAGUCGGGUUUCAUGCUGGCAGGACCAGAUCUGGCGAAAGGCCAGAAAGCCAGGCUCAUUCAUGUUAAUGGAUCCCAGAAUAGAUCAUGCCAGCCGACCGCCGCCAAUCCUCAUUGGCCCUCGCAGCUUGAGCUUUGGGACCACUUGGACCCCACGAUGUUCUUUUCCGACUUCAGACCGUUUCUGAGCAGCAGCUCACUGGAUCAAGACAGCCGAGACAACGAAAGGGGCCACCAAGCCCACGCCGACCUCUGGGGACCCAGCAGACCACCUCGACUGCCCAUGACACGGAGGUACCGGUCCCGGGGCAGCUCACGGCCAGACAGGUCUCCUGCGAUCGAGGGAAUAAUCCAGCAGAUCUUUGCGGGGUUUUUUGCCAACUCGGCAAUUCCUGGCUCGCAGCACCCCUUUUCCUGGAGUGGAAUGCUGCACUCCAAUCCCGGGGACUACGCCUGGGGACAGAGUGGCCUUGAUGCCAUUGUCACUCAGCUCUUGGGGCAGUUGGAAAACACUGGACCACCUCCUGCUGACAAGGAGAAGAUAUCUUCCCUCCCGACUGUGACAGUAACUCAGGAACAAGUUGAUACGGGUCUGGAGUGCCCGGUGUGUAAAGAAGACUACACAGUAGCAGAGCAGGUCCGGCAGUUACCCUGCAACCAUUUCUUCCACAGCAACUGCAUCGUGCCAUGGCUAGAGCUGCACGACACGUGUCCCGUGUGCCGGAAGAGCCUGAACGGCGAGGACUCCACGCGGCAAGCACAGAACCCCGAGGCCUCGGCCAGCAACAGCUUUAGCAGCGACAACCAGCUGCACGACCGAUGGACAUUCUGAGGCUCCGCGCGGAGCGGUCCUGCCCCCCAUGUAUAUUGUAUGAUAGCGCGAAGCAACCAGCCACCAAGGAGAGGGAGGAAAAAAAACAAACCUGUAGCAGGAAAUCUAGGGCAGGGGAGGGAAGCUGCCCCGAUAGCACGGCCCUGAGUGCUGCCUCUUCCUGCCCUGUAAGCUAGCGUCUCUGAGCAAACACCCAUCUCCACCUGAACCACCUCGUUUAGUCCUAAAUGCAGAGUCUUGGAGUGAUUUGACUUUGAUUUUUUUUCCUUCCUACUUGUGAAACCUUUGACCCACAUGGGUCUUUCAGAGCAGGGAAGGGGGGGGAGUCCAUCCCUACCCGACCAAGGGGACCCUCACAUCUGUGUCACAGCUUCAUCUGUUUAGAUGGACGUCCUCAGUGUUUGCAAGCCCAGAGCUGGGAGCACAAAGGGCCUCUGCCUGUUCAGUCGGACAAGGGCAAGGGGGCAGAGAGGAUUUUGACAGGUCUCCCUUGCCCCCUCCAUUCCCAGCUUUUCCCAGAGCAGUGGGUGCAGCUGAAUCCAUUGACCUUUCCCUUUUCUCUCUAACGAAGGUAAUGUGAUGUACGUCCCACCCUUGACCUCUCAAGGGAGAGCGCAAGAGGGGAGGGGCUAACAGUGCUGUCAAAUCUCUCCAGAUCUGGUGCGGGGACGCGCAAGGCGCAGGGGGGGCGAGGGCAGAGGAGAUGCAGUCCAGAGCGGUGGGUGGAACACUUUGUCUUUGUCUCAUGACCUGAUGUCUCCAGCCGAUGUCCCCAGGUGUCUCCAAACCUGGACGCAUGGUGGUGGCGGUAUGUGUGGUUUGUUCUUUGGGUUCCUCACCCCAGCAGCAGUUUGUCUUGCUUGUAUCGUGUGGACCACAGCGAGGCCCUUGACAGGUACACAGCGGCAACCGCGCCUGGCCAUUUCCCUGGCCGAUUCUUCCAGUGUUUAACAUGAAAUAAUUCUCUGAGUUUGGGAACAUGAAGAAGCUCCUGGGGUCUUUUUUUUUUUUUUCUUUUUUUAAUCGCCCAUGUCUAACGUCGCCUCCCUGUUCUGGGCUCUCGGUUUGUUGUCUUUUUUUUUUUUUUAUCGUCCAAAUCAUGCCUUGGCUUCGCACUCCCACCAGCCCGCCCGUGGUGGCGUUCGGUUGGCGGAUCAGGAGGAAGGAGGAGAGGGGAGAUUGCGUCUCCAACUUGUCGCCAUGUCAUUGCUGUAAUGGUGUACCACGUACACCUGGUUUAAAUUAGUGUUUCGUUUGCUCUAAAGUCAAAUAAAGGCCUUUAUAAAGAA